GACCGGGGUGAACUGCUGUGAUUCAAGGCUCUCCCAUUACCUUGUUUGGGGACAUCUCUUGGCUGUUCAUGUUGCCUCAAAGAUCCCCCAACCAUCUCCUCAAGAUGCCCAGGUGAGACCCAGACACCCCACCCAAGGGUCCAUACCAUUUCAUCUCCAGAAGACCAGGGCCACCAUGUGGUUCUCACUCAUUUCUCUUCCCUCCUUGGUGACCUUCUCCUUGAUCCUGGAAGCCAUCUUGGCCAAACCUUUUGUCCACCUGGUCUACUCCCAGAAUGACACCUGCCUUGACUUCAAAGCUGUCCCUGCCUGUUUCGGCCCUGCCCGCCCCUUCACGGGUUUAACAGGCUACCUGGUCGAGGCGGUGCCCACAAACGCCUGCCACCCCAUCGAAGCCCCUCCAGACUCCAACGGGACUGAGCUGGGUUUUAUUGUCCUCAUCCGUCGGUAUGACUGCCUCUUUGGCAUCAAGGUCCUCCACGCCCAACAGGCUGGUUACCAGGGUGCCAUCAUCCACAACGUCUACUCUGAUCUGUUGGUAAGCAUGGCCAUCGAAGUGCAAGAGAUUCGAGACCAGAUCUCCAUUCCUUCUCUCUUCAUUGGAGGCUCAGCUGCCAUGUUUCUGAGAAAGCAAAUCCAUGCAGAGAAGUUCACCAAAGUCACCACGGUGGUUCCUCCAGGCUACUACAAUCCCUGUGGGACCAAAGUUGAAGUCUCGCUUUGGGAUCCAUCUCGGUACUACGUGCAGUUCUGGCCAGGUUACUGUACCCAACAGAUGAUCAUCAUGUUCCUCCAAGAGUUCGGGUUUGUAAUCCUCCUCAGCCUUGGCUUAAGCAUCUUGACCUUCAUCGGUUGGGUGAAAUGGAGGCAACGGAACUGCGGCAUCCGGGUGAAGACCUUCCAAAGCGGAGACCGCUACGAAUCGUGUGUGAUCUGCAUGGCCGAAUACGAAGCAGGUGACCAGCUGAAGAUCCUUCCUUGUGGCCAUGCCUAUCACAACACCUGUAUCAACACCUGGCUCCUGGUUCAACCCAGAACUGGGAAGAGCUGCCCAAUUUGCAAACAGAAGAUCAACGUUGCCAAUUGAGAACAUGGUCAAAGAGUCGCUCAGACUGAGGACAGGAAGGAAGCAGAGGAGGAGAAGGUUGGGAGGAACAAAUAGCCGGGGGAAAAUCAGAAACAACAAAA